ACCCAGCAUGAUUCUAAGCUGGAGCAACUGCGUGAAAGCAUUAUUCAAUCCAGUGCGAUCGUUAUCCAAGUCAGAUGGAAGGGUUACUUGGCUCGAAGAAAAUAUCAAGAUCUUCGACGUUAUGUCAUUAUUUGUCAAAGACGGUUCCGUCAGCUUGCUUCCAGAAGACAAUUUUUGCGGGUACGACACAUCAUUAUUCGUAUGCAAGCAAAUGUACGAGCCAAGCAAACUCGCAAGUGGUAUCUUAUUCAAGUAAAUUUCAUCAUAAAACUCCAAGCUCUGGCUCGAUUCUACCUCGCUAAAAAAACCUUUCGCAUGAUGUUGAGAAGACGAGGCAUUUGUGAUGCUGAUAUGGCCGUUGAAAAUGACAUGAAUACCCAACUUUUCUUCUGUAAAACAGACAUUUCCGAAGAUCCCUUAUUGAGGAACUCUUGUCUAGCGAAUUCGCAACGUUCUUCAGAAGCAAUAAAUGAAAUUAAGGAGGUAGUGAUGGCUUCUACAGCCCCCGAGAUCUACACAAAUAGUCAAUCCUGUGAAGCUACCCCGAUUGUGGCAAAUGCGAACGUAAGGUUGCCCAUAUCUGACAGCUAUGCGGAUAUGUUCAAUUUUGUUGAUGACCUGUUCCAGGACGUGUUCAGUUCUGUAGGAGUAAAUAAUAUCAAAGAUGAUGCUGGUAAAGUGACGUUGGAGAACGGAUGCUACGCUUCACUUAUAAAUCCCAGCCAAUCUGCUGUCAAAGAACCUGAAGUAGUGAAGGCGAGCAAUCCUUUGAGUAAACCGAUCUUCGAAUAUGGUGCAAAUAAAUGUGGAAAUGGUUUCAAAACCUCUUCCUCUUUCUUAAAAAUCCCAUUGAGUACUGCAUCUCAGACACCUACCAGCACAUCUAGGUCACCUUCAACUGAAGCUACCUUCUCAGAGAUGGAGGUUCUUGAUGAUGAUCGUGUUGGCUGGGGUGAGUAUAGUUUCAGCAAAUUUGCUGCUGCCUAUUUUGAAGCUGGAGCCACGCCCAUUUACUCACCGUCACUGAUUGGUCGUCCUCUCCUUAAGCACAAAAACCAAGAGGAUAUUGAUCUUGCUCUGAAGAUCUUUGGUCGCAUUUUAUCCUUCAUGGAACCGAAGAGCGUUGUUCAUUGCGCCAAGACGGACGAUUCUAACUCGGUAAUCAAUGGGGAAGAUGAUUUAUCAUCAUCUAACACUACAGCAUAUUUUGAUAGUGCGCUAAAAUGCCCACGAGUAGUUGUUCCAGGUUUCGGCAUGAAUGGUCAAGAUAUCCCUCUCUCCCAAUAUCAUGAAGAAGACUUUGAACACUGCUCUAAACAAAAUUACACCCCUACUGUGCGCAUCUGCCAGGAGUGUAAACCCGAUCUCUCUGGUCUUAAAAGAGUUCGCUUCAUUAUUCGUUCGGGAAUUGAGAGUCCUCAACUUCGGGAUGAGAUCUACUGCCAAAUUCUCAAACAGCUUACUAAAAACCCAAAUGUAUUCAGUCGUAGUAGAGGGUGGAUUUUACUCAUUCUUUGCGCCAGUUGCUUUCCACCGUCUGCUUUUGAUGGCGCUCUGAAAAACUACCUAAAAUCUAAUCCAUCUGAAUACGCUAAAACAUGCCUUUAUCGUUUGAAAAGGGUUAUACAAUCUGGAGCACGAACAAUGCCUCCAAGUUACAUGGAAUUUCGAGCUGAGCAGGAGAAAAAAAGCCUUGGUGUCAAUGUCCUAUGUACCGAUGGUACCAGAGUACGAGUCAAAGUUGAUCCCACUAUCACUUUUAAAGAAUUCACUAAGAUGACAUUUAAUGCAGCUUCAAUAAAGGAUACCUUCGGUUUCGAAAUUUUUAUCAAAAUGUUCAACAAAGUUGAGGCUUUAUCAUCAGAUCCGAAACACUUUUUUGACAAGAUAUCCCAAUGUGAAGAGGUCAUGAGAAGCAAAGGUCUAAAAGAGUCGGAACUUCCUUGGUCUCUAUCAAUAAAGAAGACAAUCUUUGCACCGUGGCAUGAUGUGGCUUUCGAUCCUGUAGCUACAAAUCUAAUCUGCUAUCAGGUCAUUCAGCAGUGCUUCCGUGAAUCUCAUGAACCUCUUGCGGUGCAUGAACUUGCGUAUCUACUGGCAAAUAUAUAUCGAUUAAUAUCAAUUGAUACUAAGGAUACGGAUUGUAAUCUCAAUUCUUGGUUAGUGGAUAUACUCAGCUCAGAUGGCGACAUCGCCUUUUGGAAGAAGGCUGCAAGCACUGCAUUGGAAGAACUGGAGGAUAAAUCUCCCAAUGCGUCUGCGGCUACGAUAUGUGAGAACAUAGUGACCUUUGCCAAGCUCCAAUGGCACAGCAUCUUCACUCGAGAAUUCAAUGCUAGUUUUCUGCCAGAGGAAAAAGCUGCUGUCCAGAAGAUUCAGAUAUGUGUGGAUUGUAAAGGAGUCCAACUAUUCGACGACAAGCGCAAACUUAUUCGCUCUAUUCCCUACAUAGAGAUUAACUCCGUCACAAUAAAAUCCGAGAAGCUUGUUAAAGUACUCUCAAUGAAAACAGUUUGGAUGGAAGAACUUUUAUUUACUUCUUCUCGGUCCGAAGAAUUGCGAGAUCUUCUGAACUAUAUGAUUAAUGGUCUGCGCCAGCGUUCUCGCUAUGCAAUUGCACUGAAAAAGUCCUCUAAAAAUGACUAUCACAGUGGCUCUUCAAUUCAGGUGAACCCCGGUGAUUUUAUUAAAUUGCAUCAAAUGGGUUGGGAGUUGGAUGCAAAAAAGCUUGUGGUUGGAUACCCGGAACCAACUAAAUCAACCCAUAACAAGUUGACAAAAUGUGAUUUAACAAAUUUCUGUUAUGGGGAAAACCAAAGAACUCGUGAGACGGGCAGAAUAGUUAUGGAUGAUAUCUAUAUUUUCCCAACUAUUAGUCCUCCCAAACCGGAGUUUAUUGAUGCCUACGCCCACCAAAUCAUCUCGAAUGAAAGUAAAGAGUGGUUCAAUAAAUUAGAGCGUGUGAAUUCCUCGCGAAUUUUUAUUCCUAUGUCCAAAAUCUCCGCAAAUAACUUCAAUUCUACAAAGAUUGACAAUUUCUUGCAGAAAUAUAAUCAACGACCUAUGUCACGAAACUCUGGAAUUGAUUCCCCUACUCGAUCCUCAGUCUCAUCACCAAGGUCAGUGCACUCUCUGAAGCAUACGAAGCAGCCCAUUAGACAACCCUUUUUAAAGGAGUUAGCGAGUUCUGAACAAAAGGCGAAAGAUGCAGCCCUUCUUUCCUUCCGUCUCAUUCAGACUUAUAUGGGAGACUGUGAUAAAAUUCCUUUGCAGCUAAAGAAUAUGCCAGCAGUGUUUCUAACAGAUCUGCUAUUUGGAGCGGCUCUAGAUUUUCCUCCGCUACGUGAUGAGAUAUUCAUUCAGCUUAUGAAUCAGCUUACAGAUAAUCCCAAAGAAUCGAGUGUUGACCAUGGGAUGGAAUUGUUGUGGCUGGCGACAGGAAUAAUGAUCCCUUCAGAGAAGACAAAGAAGAAAUUGGUCAAGUUUCUCAAUCUGUCUAACCACCCUCUGGCCAUUCCAUGCUAUACACGACUCCACCACACAAUAAGCCGAGGGAUACGAAAAAAGCCUCCUCAUGCUCUAGAACUUUCACUCAUAAAGGGCAGGAAGGAAAAAAUAAUUCAAAGCGUGCUGCUCCCCAAUAAUGAAACUUUGAAAAUAACUCUGGAGUCAACAACAAAGGCAGGAGAUAUUAUUAAGGAUAUUUCUCUCGACUUAGGCCUUAUGUCGUUGGAGCAGUUUGCUCUUUACCUAGAGGUGGAUGGCGAAUUGCGGUGCAUUCAAACAGAAGAGUUCAUAUUCGAUGCACUUCGACAAACCUUACCUGAUAUUGAGUUUCAGGUUGGCCAGAAGCGCUCUGUCAGGUCCAGCAAUAAUGGCUGUGUCAAAUAUCCAACAGCUCCACCUCCUAGUCCACUCUACCUCUUGCGCAAACUUUGGGUGAAUGUAAUUCCCGAAAAGUGUCUCAUUGAAGACAGUUUAUUCAACUUUCCCCAGACAAUGAAAAACUUUCUUCAGGGCUACUACAAAUGUUCACUAGAGCAAGCCUUGGAGUUGAGCACACUAAUUUUUAUUUGGCAAACAGACGAAACACGUUGUUCGCAAACUUCAUUGGACCAAAUUAUUCCAAAGAAUAUGCUUUCUCGAGUAACAGAUGCUCAGUGGAUUUCGAAAAUGACCUCUGUAAUCGCCACAAAUCACCGCCUUAGUCGAAAAGAUAUUCCAAAGAAGUUUCUUAACGCCAUUAACAAAAUUACCAGCCUUGGUUCCUCAUUUUACCACGUCGAGACUGAUGGAACAAGCUCUAAGAGACUAUUGAUCGUGGAUCCCAAUGCCAUAGCUCUUGUUGACGAGUUGAAUGGGACCAAACAGUGGUACCAUAAAAUUGAAAAUAUCGCAGAAUGCUGGCAAGAAAAUCAGAAGAUAUGCAUUCACAUGCGAAGAGCAAAUUCUAUAAUCAAACUUGUGGCUACUGAAACAACUGCAUACAAUGUCUGUGAUUUGAUUAACUCGUACAUUCGUUAUCAUAAACUUAUAUCCUUAAAAUAG